CGUUCACGUUCUCCCAGGUCCAUCGCAGGCCACACCCAUCAUUCAGUCCCCAAUGGCUCUACGCGAUCUGUCGUUACGGACAGCGUCGCUCUUCGGUCGAAACGCGCGGCCUGCCGUUCAUGCGGUGUGUCCGUCUUUCUGCCGCAAUGCGUCUUUGGAGGCUGUCGAGCUCGAGACCGCAUCCUCUCUGGAAGUUCCUCCACCACCGGUAGAAGCAGCACAGAACUUCGACCCCAUCGCGCGGAGCCGAGCACGGAGAUUGAGAAAGAAACCUCUUCCCCCAAGCAGAUAUCAAUUCCGACCACCCAAGUAUUACCGCGGGCCCCUACAUCCUCAUCAGCCGCCGCCAGUAUCCGACCCAGCAUCUCGUCUAUUCCAACCUGGACCAUUCAGCCUUCCCCGACUCGAGCAGACUUACCAGACCACCAUCGCGCCCGAUCUGCUUACCCUCACCUACCAGCACUAUCCGUACGGCUUCAAACACCCCAAGGUCACUCAGCGGUUACGAGAAUGGACGGGCGAUUCACCUUACUUCAAGGGGCGUCCGUUGCGCGGUCCUCGUGGUAGCAGCUCUCUGCGACUGCUCACCCCGCCUCGGACCUGGCGCAACGUACCCGAGAUCACAAAGGUCGUCGUGCACACAAUGGUGCCCGAGGCGCAGGAGAACAGUGCUCACCUGCACGUCGCAGGCAUGGUCGUCCAAGCCAUGACGAACGUCCGCGCGCAGACACACAAAUCGAGGUCCAACGUCGUCAGCUGGGGUCUGCGGAAGGACAAGUACGUGUCUGUCACUGCCGAUGUUGAAAGGGAGGAUACCUUCCACUUCCUCUCAAAGCUGGUCGAUGUCGUCCUGCCCAAAAUCAAGGAGUGGAAGGGAGUUUCUGGGACUUCCGGUGACGGCAGCGGCAACAUCUCCUUUGGAUUGACGCCGGAUCAGGUUGCCCUGUUCCCCGAGAUUGAGGUCAACUACGAUUCAUACCCCCCUAAAAUGAUCCCCGGUUGCCAUAUCACUGUCCAGACCUCGGCAACCAACGAUAGGGAUGCGCUGCUGUUGCUCCAGUCCAUUGGCAUCCCUUUUUAUGGCAAACUCAAAGACUGAGAUAAAGGCCGCGUUUCUCUGUACACGUUUUGUAUAACAUUGGGCGCUGAUACCAGAUUAGCUGUAUGUAUUAUCCACUAGACACGAGGCUUCGCAUUCGGUGCUCCUAAGCUUAUGAUAAUCCCUUGGCAUGUGACACUUGGAUUGUCACGAUCACCUCCUGCAAACUCAACCGUCUUGCUGUUUCCUGUGGACUUUGCGUCUCAUGCAUGAUCAGUACUAUUUCCACCUGCCUAUC